GUUUAUUUUUUCGUGGUAACAGCUGUACAAAACGAAAGAGACAAAAUACGGAUUCAAUCAAACGGGAUCGAGAAUUUCGGUAGAAAGCGAUACCCGGAUUACAUAACGAUGCUGCUGCAGGCUGAGCAGAUCUGCACCCAGCUCAGAGCCAGCCUAGCGACCAUCACGGAUAUUAGUGAAGCGAUUAAGCAACAGUUGAUCAUCCUCGUUGAGUGGGCCAAGGCGCUGCCACCGUUUUACGAGCUGCCACUUGAUGAUCAGGUAAGAGAAUAUGAUUCUGGUCGUUGCAGGUCGCCCUCCUUCGGUCAUACGCGGCGGAACAUUUGCUACGCUCGCUUCCGUGGCGGGACAUGCUGCUUCGAACUCCGAGAAUCCAUACGUAUAACCGUGGACGCGUGUUUCAGCCACGUCGUGUUUCGCAUUCUGGACGAGAUGGUAGAGCCGAUGCGCGAACUGAAUCCGGACGACACUGAAUAUGUGUGUCUAAAGGCAAUACUAUUUUUCAACCCAAGUCUGCUUAGCAGAAUCAAGGUGAAGCAGGCCCGUUUCAGCUUUCUCGACGUGCUACAGACGUACAUCACAGAGCAGCAACAUCAAGAUCGGUUGCGACUAGGCGGACUGCUGCUGCUGUUGCCUCCACUGCAAGCCAUGUCACAACAGUUCAUAGAAAAUCUACAACUGGCGACGCUGUUCGGCAUGUGCCAGUUCGACAAGCUGUUGGAAGAGUUGUUGCUAACCGUCAUCGAACCGCCUUCCAUGCAACAAAUAUCUCAAACAAGAAGAUCAACGCCAAGCUCCUAG